AUGAAGUUACCUAGGCCAUAUACUGUCUUUUCUCUCUUCCUUAUAUGGCAUUUUACAUCAUCCGUACUAGCACAAGCAUGCACAUUUUAUGUGAGCAACAAAUGCCCCUUUCCAAUAUGGCCUGCAACUGCCCCGUGCAAAGGCCAUCCUGUGAUUGCCAAUGGCGGCUUCUACCUUCCCUGCAGCCAAAUCCGAAAAAUCCAAGUUCCAGCCGACUGGAAUGGUAGGAUUUGGGCUAGAACAGGCUGCAACUUCGCGUCGAAUUGGAAGCCGGCCUGUGAAACAGGCGAUUGUAAUGGAAAACUCGAGUGUAAUGGCACCAUAGGCCUCCCUCCAGCCACACUAGUGCAAAUCUCACUGCAGCCAGACAAGAGCAAGCCGAAUUGCUACGACGUAAGCUUGGUUGAUGGCUACAAUCUGCCUGUUUCCGUCUCGACAAAGCCUGUGGCAUCAAAAUGUCACAUUGGAGGGUGUACUAAGGACUUGAAGAGCAUGUGCCCACAAGAGCUUCAGGUCUUGAAUGACAAAGGGGACGUCGUGGCGUGCAAAAGCGCUUGCUUGGCUUUCAAUCUCGACACAUUCUGCUGCAGGAAUGAAUAUGGGAGUCCAGACAAGUGCAAGCCGAGCAUCUACUCGAAGUUGUUCAAGAAUGCUUGUCCCUCUUAUUAUAGUUAUGCCUUCGACACACCACCACCAUUGGUGAACUGUGCAUCAGAUGAAUAUGUGAUCACUUUCUGUCCCUCAAAAUGGGGCAAUACUGCAUAUACAUCUAUAUAGAGUUGAAGCAAAAUGAUAAUCAUCAUGCCUCUCCUCUGGUUAUCUAUUUUGGGCAUCAAUGAGAAUUAUGUACCAUCUUUUCCUCAAUAAUAAAAUCAUAUGGUUCUUGAAAUUGAUUCUUUCAAAGC